AUGCCCAAGACCGUAGACACCGUCGACCUAUCCAACACCGCCAGUGCGUACUACGCACCAGCGACGGUCGCACCAGCUGGCAAGCUCAUCCAUGUCGCUGGACAACCUGGAAGCACAAAGGAUGGCAUCGUGCCAGCUGACUACGAGUCCCAGAUUCACCUGGCUCUGCUGAACCUGCGCAAGAUCAUAAUCGCCGCUGGAUCUUCAAUUGAGAACAUCGUCAAGCUACAGCUCUUCAUCGUCGACUACGAUGCCGACAAUCGCAAGCACACCCGACACAUCCAACGAUUCCUCGCGGGCCACCGACCAGCCAUCACCCUGGUCCCCGUUCCCAAGCUUGCUGUCGCGUCAUGGCUAUUCGAGAUCGAUGCUAUCAUUGCCCUCCCAGAGCCAACCCUUCCUCCGGUGCUCCCUGCCACCAACGAGAAUACUGACGUUGUCAUCAUCGGCGCUGGUCUUGCGGGUCUUUCAGCUGCACACGAUGUCCUGCGCGCGGGUUUGUCUUGUGUCGUCCUUGAAGCUCGCGAUCGUGUCGGCGGCAAGACUUGGAGCUCCGCCCUCAAUGGUGGUGGUGUAAUUGAUUUGGGUGCGGGGUGGAUCAACGAUACUAACCAGAGCAAGGUGUAUGCUCUGGCCAAGCGCUACGGUGCUGAAGUCAUUGAGCAGAACACGCAGGGAAAUGCUGUUCUGCAGGACUUCAAUGGAAACUGCACUCCAUUCGUCUAUGGAGAUCUACCCAGCUUCGAUAAAGCUACCCAAGCCCACUUGGCAGAAAUCCGCGAUAUGUGCGAGGCGGAAUGCCAAGCUCUCGACACCUGGAGACCUCAAGACACUAGCUUGGAUUCCAUUACAUUCGAAGCCUACUUGCGAUCUCGUGGGGCGAGCGAGGUGGCUAUUGCCACAGGAAUGGUCUGGACCCGCGCAAUGCUUGGUCAAGAUCCGAAGGAUAUUUCCGCUCUCUACUUCCUGAACUAUUGCAAGUCCGGAGGUGGUUUGUUGCAGAUGCGAUCUGAUCGCAAAGAUGGUGGCCAAUACCUCCGCAUCCGACAGGGUACUCAGCAUUUCUCCCUAGGAUUGGCAUCAUCUCUCCCGGAGAACACUGUUCGACUCUCUAGUCCCGUGCACUCAGUUAUCCAGAACGCCGACAAGUCCGUGAAGGUUCAAGCCGGAGGGGUGGUUUACGGCGCCCGCAAGGUCAUCAUCACUGUUCCUACCCCUGCCAUGAAGACCAUCUCAUUCCACCCUAAGCUCCCUCCUGCGAAGCAGGCAUGGAUUGAAUCCACUACCUACGGAUACUAUACUAAGGCGAUGAUGGAGUUCCGCUCUCCGUUCUGGGUUAAGGCUGGCUUCUGUGGUCUUGCUCAGUCUUUUACUGGUCCUGCUAGUGUUGUCCGAGACAGCUGCAGUCCCGAAGAUAAGAAGUACGUGCUCACUUGCUUCAUGUCGGGCGAUCCUGGGCGAGCUUGGUCCGCGCUAUCGCAAAAGGAGCGAGAGGAGAGUUUGCUGCAACAACUUGGAAAGCUUUUCGGAGUUGCGAACAUCGACAAGGAAUUCAUUCAACUGACAGCAUACGAAUGGAUUAAUGAUGAGUGGGCUGGCUGGGGCUGCCCAUGCACAGCUCUUACGCCUGGUGUCCUUGAUACUCUGGGUCCUGAUGCGCUGCGCGAGAGCACUGGCAACUUGCACUUUGCUGGCACUGAGACUGCCGGUGAGUGGAAGGGUUAUAUGGAAGGUGCUAUUCGUAGCGGAGAGCGGGCUGCCGCUGAGGUUGUGAAGACGCUCAAUGCUGGUAUCGUUUCACGUCUAUAG